AUGAAGGCACCAAGAGCACAAUUGUGCUUUCCGAUAAGAAGUAGCCAAACAAAACCACCCCGCUUCACAACAGCAGCCCAUCUCAAAAUAGCUCAGGAUUCUCAUUAUCAUAUCCACCGGAAUAUAUCCUUAUCUUCGUCAAGCUUGAAUGUGAAAUUUAUGCCCGGGGCAUUGUCUUUCGAAAUCGGGGGCCUUCUGUUCGGUUCAGAUAAGGGGAGAAUGCCGGCCGGUCCAAUGGCGGCCAUUUUGCGGAGGAUUCAAAACCCUCCAAUUUCGUCGUUGGGCGGCUGCGGAGGAAGAGAAGAAGAAUUUGCAGGGGAACCAGUGGACAGAGUGGGUCGGGCGAGAGAGAGGAAUGCAAGGAGGAAGAAGGUAAGAGAGAGAGAGAGAGUUGGGGAGGUUGACGCCAUUGAUGUAAUGUGUGGGGAAGCUUUUUCUAAGUUGAAAUUAGAGAGGAUGUAUUACAAUAGGCCAAAAGAAAAUAAUGGGAAGCCAUUUUGGCUCCCUACAUCUAGAGAGGAUAUUAAGAAGGCACCUGUACUCUAUGGCUGUCCUCUAAACUCUUCUCGAUGA